UCUUCGUCACAAACAGGAAACAAACUUGUUGGUGUGCUGAUGAAUUUGUGCCGCGGGUUUUACAACAGUUCUGAGUUUCUGUGUUUUUCUUUGUGUAGUCUUUGGUCUUUGCUGAACGAGUCUUGGUUUGUCACGUUUUCCCUGAUUCACCGACAGUUUCGAUACUUUACGUUAACAACCGCUGGUUUGUUUCACGUGGAAAUGGAUAAAGAAGAAGCGCGUCAGAGGUUAAAGGCGGCGGUGCACUACACUGUGGGUCAUCUGUGUCAGAAGAUGGGAGAGGUCCACCGAAGAGAGUUCAAUCGACAAGUUGUAGCAGCGAUAGCUGAGACAACAUUCCGACAAUGUGAUGUAUUUGCUACAGACCUGGAGGCCUUUGCAAGGCAUGCUAAAAGAAGCACCGUGACUACAGAGGAUGUAAAGCUCUUAGCCCGACGCAGCACUGCAUUGUCCAUCUACAUACAAAAUAAAAGUGAAGAACUGAACCAGCAGAGGGAAUUGAAAAAGAAGAAUACUGGGAAGAGGAAGAGCAGAGACACUGAGGAGGAAAGCAAAGAAUAAGGACAAGACACAGACAGACCUGUAGUGUCUCACUUGUGUCCAACAUUCAAAUAAACAUGAAGGCUGACUAGUACAUGACAGUAAUCUGUGUCAACAUAAGUGCCAUAAUCAGCUACAGCAGUUCUCCAAUGCACAUUUAGACUUACUUUGCACUUCUGUUCAGGGACCUAACACAAUGUCAUGUCGAGUUGUUGAAUGGUUCUGUUCUGUCACAUUUAUAAACUAACACUUGUAUUAAAA